GUGAGUGAGUGAGUGAGUGAGGCGCAGUAGAAUAGAUACACGCUUCUCUAGAGCGCUGAGGAAUGCCCGGUUAUUAAAGGAGGUUGUGUAAUAUUAAAGAUGAUGCGGGGUAAGACCGUGAUCAUUACCGGAGCGAACAGCGGGAUCGGUAAAGCCGCCGCUACUGAGUUGCUGAGGCGGGAAGCGCGCGUGAUCAUGGCCUGCAGGAGCCGCGAGCGAGCGGAGCGCGCGGCGCAGGAGAUGAGGAGCGAGGCGGGAACAGAGCGUGGAGAGCUGCUGAUCAGAGUUCUGGAUCUGUCAUGUUUAACCUCAAUACGAUCCUUCUGUUCUCUCAUUAAUCAGGAGGAGCCGAAACUGGACGUUCUGAUCAACAACGCCGGGAUCUACCAGUGCCCGUACACCAAAACUGAGGACGGCUUUGAAAUGCAGUUCGGCGUGAACCACCUUGGCCACUUCCUGCUCACCCACCUGCUGCUGGACCUGCUAAAACGCUCAGCGCCCAGCCGCGUGGUCGUGGUCUCCUCCAAGCUCUACAAAUACGGCGAGAUUAACUUUGACGACCUUAACAGCGAGCGCAGUUAUAAUAAAGCCUUCGCCUACAGCCGCAGCAAGCUAGCUAACCUGCUUUUCACUCUGGAGCUCAGUCAGAGGCUGGAGGGUACAGGCAUAACGGUAAAUGCUCUCACGCCUGGCAUCGUCAGGACCAACCUGGGCCGGCACGUUCACAUCCCACUGCUGGCGAAGCCUCUUUUUAACUUAGCCUCAUGGGCGCUGUUUAAAACUCCCGAGGAGGGAGCGAGGACUUCGGUUUAUCUGGCGUGUUCACCAGAUGUGGAGGGGGUUCAGGGGAAAUGUUUUGCCGACUGUCAAGAAGAGAAGCUGCUACCUAAAGCCACGGAUGAAGAGGUGGCUAAGAAACUGUGGGACAUCAGCGAGGUCAUGGUGGGGAUCACUAUUUAAUGUGAUGUCCUCUUUCUUUUUUUGUUGUGCAGCAUUUGAAUUACUAGGCAUCGCUUUACCUUGGCAACACCGCGUGUUAUCGUAGGUCGUAUCAAUUGUCUCACUGCAUUUGCUUGCUAGAUUAUCAGCUUAAUGAAGGAUAACUGAACUAACAACAGCUAUUCAGAUAUAUCAUAGCUAUCAUACAUAUUGGUUAAUAACACCAAUAAGAGCACUUUCUGUCAAUUCUUACUGUGUCUGUUUAGCUGUGUCUGAGGGUGGGAUGGGCGAACGAAUGCCUUCACAUUGGUCGAGGUGCCUUCAUGAGAGACAUUGACUAACGGAUGGUAGUAUACAACUCUCCAUACGUGAUGCUGCUCUCUGUGAGACUCUGUCUCUAGCAGGUGAAAAGAAGCAGUAGGCGACUGCUCAUGUAUCAGAGUGGGUGCAUGAUGGUCCCAAAGUGGGGUUCUGCAGCAUUUGAGGAAGUUAAGGAUUUGGAUAUGACUAGAUAUGAGUAGAGCUUGGUUUUUGAAUACAUCGUAUCGAAACUUAGCUCUGCCAUCCGGCUGGGCUGGAUGGCUGCAUGAACAACGAUAGGCUGUUGUUCAUAGCAUUAGGGGCAAGCCGGAUCAUGGGUCCUCAUAACUGGUGCAAUUACGACCCCUGCUGGCUGAUUGAUGGCGCCUGCACAGGGCUGAGGAAUAAUGCUGAUCAGGGUGUGACUCUCUGUGGUCAGUGCUGAUCGGUAUACAUGAACUCGACCCGUGCAGGUGAAAAAUGACGUCUGUACUGAGCACGUGUUGGAGGGGGCGUGUGUCAGUUGAGAAGCGCCCUCAGUCAGCGGUGGAGGGUUGAAUCAGUGGAGGAUGCAAUCAGGGUAACUGUACAUGACUAGAUUAGGGGAGAAAAUUGGGGGGAAAGGUUGGAGAAAAAUAGAAAAUUAAAAAAAAAUAAUAAUAAUACUCCUUGGAUCUCAGGUGGCACUGCUUUAAACUACACUACCACUAAGAUCCAGGCUUUUAAUCCCCAGCAGUGCUAUCAUCUAUCUGGCACUAUCAGGCUGAUUCCAGGUUAUUAUUUAUUGUUUUAUAUUUCAGUACCAGAACAAAAAAUGUGCCAGUAGACAUUUGAUAGACAAUUGAUAAAAAAUAAUGCAAACUGGAUCUCGCUUUCUGGUUUUCUGACUCGAUCUAGAUGUGUAAUAAUAUAAGAUUCAUUAAAACAAUAAAUACUGUAGAUUGCUU